UCCAUACUGUUUUGCUUACUGAGAGUAUUCUAAGAAUCAAACACAAUAUCGGAAGCAAAUUUGUAUUGAAAAUCUGUAGAUGUACAGAUUUACAGAUUUUGAUGUAUCAAACAUUUCAAUUUACCUGAAUCAUGUCCUUUUCUAUACCCAGCAGGCAGGUGACCUAGAACACAUGGAGACAAGAAAUUACUCUGCCAUGACUGAAUUCUUUCUGGUGGGGCUUUCCCAAUAUCAAGAGCUCCAGCUUUUUCUGUUCCUGCUCUGCCUCAUCAUGUACAUGAUAAUCCUCCUGGGAAAUAGCCUCCUCAUUAUCAUCACCAUCUUGGAUUCUCGCCUCCAUACCCCCAUGUAUUUCUUUCUUGGAAACCUCUCAUUCUUGGACAUCUGUUACACAUCCUCAUCCAUUCCUCCAAUGCUUAUUAUAUUUAUGUCUGAGAGAAAAUCCAUCUCCUUCAUUGGCUGUGCUCUGCAGAUGGUUGUGUCCCUUGGCUUGGGCUCCACUGAGAGUGUCCUCCUGGCUGUGAUGGCCUAUGACCACUAUGUGGCCAUCUGCAACCCACUGAGGUACUCCAUCAUCAUGAAUGGAGUGCUGUAUGUGCAAAUGCCUGCAUGGUCCUGGAUCAUAGGCUGUCUGACCUCCCUAUUGCAAACAGUUCUGACAAUGAUGUUGCCUUUUUGUGGGAAUAAUGUCAUUGAUCAUAUUACCUGUGAAAUCUUGGCCCUUCUAAAACUUGUUUGUUCAGAUAUCACCAUCAAUGUGCUUAUCAUGACAGUGACAAAUAUUGUUUCACUGGUGAUUCUUCUACUGUUAAUUUUCAUCUCCUAUGUGUUUAUUCUCUCUUCCAUCCUGAGAAUUAAUUGUGCUGAGGGAAGAAAGAAAGCCUUCUCUACCUGUUCAGCGCACUUGAUUGUGGUCAUCUUAUUCUACGGUUCAGCCCUUUUUAUGUACAUGAAACCCAAGUCAAAGAACACUAAUACAUCUGAUGAGAUUAUUGGGCUGUCUUAUGGAGUGGUAACCCCAAUGUUAAAUCCCAUCAUCUAUAGCCUCAGGAAUAAAGAGGUCAAAGAGGCUGUAAAGAAAGUCCUGAGCAGACAUCUGCAUUUAUUGAAAAUGUGA